CAUCACUGGCCUCGACUGGGUCGGAAAAUCGUCAGAGUUCAAUAGCUGUCUACCAGCCUCCAUCACUUCAUACGACACUCCAGCAUGCAAGCUACCACCUCUACUCGAAGAUGAAAUCCAGUCAUCGGUUUCUUCGCUGCGAAAGACGGUAGCUGCUGAUUUCGCUUCAAACCUUUAUACCCUGCUUCACAACGUGAGCGCCCCUCGCUUCGCAGCACAGAGACUGCACCUGCCUUGCAUUGUAUUCAAUGUCAGGGAAGUCAGACGGGUGCGCAGUCCAGCACCAGAAACUCUGUUCACGUAUGGAGUGAAGGCAGACGGGCUUCACGACUUACUUAUCACAACCGAAGAGACCCUGGUUCAGUUCUGGCCUGCAAGGCCCACUGAGAAAAAAUUUGUCCUUGUCCGUCCUUGGGAUCGGUCUCUCCUCAAGCUAUCUGACUUUGUAGAACCGACUAAAUUUGUGGAACCGUCUGACUUUGGACAUGAUAUGGAGAGCGAGGAGGAUUAUUGCACGCCACCUUCUUCCCCGUCAGAUGCCUGGUCCAGUGGUUCUCCUGUAAAUCAGGGGGUGGUUGACCUAGAAUCAUGAGCAUUCCGGUUGCUUGUUUGCCUUGGGCAGCCUUUCGGUGCAUUCUUGCUAGCGCAGCAGGGCAGUGGAGAAUAUAAGAGGAUCGUGUCAGAUCAUGAUAUCAUUGGACAAGUCAAUGACGUGGUUUCUGUUGGAGACUUGAUGGACAUCAGGACCAUAGAAAUAUUGUAGUCGUAUGUUUUUCUUUUAAAGUUUAUGGAUUUCUGAGCGGUUUGCAUUUAUGCUUCAAAGAUCAUAUUCGUACAGUAUACGUAUCAUAUAUGCAUGUGAAUUGGACUACAUCCUUACUUAUCAUUUCUUGCAACUUGGAUGGGUUCAUCAUAUUUGAAAAAUGCG